AUGCAUCUUGUACAAGGAGACAGGCAAUUUUCUCGAUGGAAAGGAUCAGUUGUUGAUUCAGUGGUGGGAGCUUUCCUCACUCAAAAUGUCACAGACCAUCUUUCCAGUUCUGCAUUUAUGUCACUUGCUGCUCGAUUUCCCAAAAAAAUCAGGCAGCAUAUGCGGAGAAGGCACGAGCCUGACAGACAACAAACAACAAGUGUGUAUGGUGGAACCAGAAGAGAACACCAAAUGUGA